GUAAGGCGAACAAGUAUUCAUCAGAAUGCAUGCAAUCAACACACCAUGAAUCCGGGCAACUCAGUGCCCUUUUUCUUUUGCGUUUUCUGCUGCCUUUUCUCUUGCCUGCAGAAAAAACAGUUCCGGGUGACUUGUACCGAGUGCGGUGACUAUCUUGUUGUGGUGCCCCGACAGGACGAUUCGGAACAUAAGCAUAAACACAACAUUCCCAUAGAAUUGGGUAAUCCUCUUUGGACCCUUCGCGUGCAUGCGGAACACCCCCUUGAAUACCAUCAUCCUCAAGCAAUAAUGGCCUUGCCUCAAUCACAAAAACUAGAGAGCAUCAAUCUGGUCACUGGGUCCCUCGAGCAACACUAG